AAUAAACAAAACAUCACAAUUUUAAAACAAAAAAAGUAAUCAAAAAAACGUUAAUCUGCAUAAAAAAAUCUUAAAUUAAUUAAAUUGUAUUAAAAUGACGUGUGGAACAUGUCGGGGUCACAAGGAGAAGAGUGUGAAGUGCCUUUUUGCCGCUUUAGACACGAUCAAACAGCACGCCUUAAUGAUGCAGAGGGAUUCGGAGGAGAGUGCCAAGGCCAUAGAAAACCUAAAGGCCCACAAUAAUAAGCUGCACAAGGCUUUGGAGUUGUUGAAAGAACGCCAGGAGUCCAUGAUUCAGGUGCAGAAGCGCAGGAAACUGUCGCCCAAAAAGAUCAAGGACGACAUAUCCCCUCAGCCGCAGAGCCAGAACUCCCUGAACAUGAACAUAGCCCUCAACAGUAUCGAUCUCUCCGACGAGGAUCAGGAAAUGGAGGAGGACGAGACCAUUACGGAAACGGAGACCACUGCACAAAGCCCGCGCAAACUAAGGCUACCAAACCGAAAGCCGGACAUCCGGAAUCUUGAGAAUGUCCAGCCAAACAAUAUUUCUGCCGCGAGCACCAGUUGGAUCCGUAAGACACCCAAGAAUGCGGGAAUCGUCACCAAGCUUUCACUCACGCACAAAAGUAGCAACUCGCACUUAAAACAAACUCGCCUGAAAUUCGAAGCAAAUAAGACUAGCACCAGCGAAAACGAUGUUAUAGAGGAAAGCCCCAAUCUCGCAAGCUUAAAGAGAUCUCGGCCACAUAGAUCCCUAAUGCAGAGAACAGACACCGCGACCGUUUUAAGCGCCGACGACUCGCUUACGACCAGCAGCAGUAGCCAUAUUAAGAUCAGCAAGGCCAGUUUUGAAAUGGAUAUGGAUGAAGAGUUCAAUUUGGAGAGAUUGGAGCUUCCGAUAAUGCCACCACCAGCAACCCCUCCAGGAUUGAAAAUCAACUGCACCUCGGACAGCGUGGUCAUUCUAACGCCUGCCACCCAGGACAUAAUCUUCGUGAACGAUACCCCCGAAGAAGUGACCAAAAUGGGGACAAUGGAUGUGCUGGCCGAGAUUAUGAAGGACGACGAUGAUGCCUGCUCGAACGCUCUGAGACAGUUCGAGAUGAAAAUGAUUGACCAGCAGAAGAACAUUCAAUCGAUACCAAAAAAAGUGGAAGCUGUCAUUCCAAUUACCAAGGCAGUGAAAGCUGAACCCGAAUCCCAAACAGAGACAGAUGUGGGCAAUGAAUCAACGAAAAUGUCUCAGGAUAUUGAAAAGUAUCUAAUGGAAAUCAAAGAAGAGGAUAGCAAAGAUUUAGAAGAGGAGUUUCCGCGACCACUUUUGGUGAAAAAUGAACCAGAGUUGACAGUUAAAGAACGUUUCAAUAUUGAAUGCGGGGAAUGCGAAAAGUUUAUAAAUUUCAUGGGUUCAAACCUGACCGAUGAGAAGAUUGAAGACUAUUUAGCCAACUGCCGGCACAUUGACGCAAGAAGCUCAACGCCACCAGGAUUCUGGAAUCCCCACAUGGUUUCCUUUGCCGAAGACGAUCCCCGCAACGAGGUUCUGAUAGACACACGUUUCAGAGACCAGCGAAUAAACAAAUGACAUUUUGGAAAUAUUUCUACCAUAAGUUGUUCUCUUUAAACCAUUUCAUUUAUUAUAAUUGUUGAGUUAUUACACAUUUGUCUCACAAGUUUCCGCGCUUGGCUUGCUCAAUUUCGAUGGCCGUGAACAAGGACUUGAAGUUUCCAGCGCCAAAUCCCUGAAAUAGUUACGAUUAUCAAUGACUGUUCAUAGCUAUAAUAGUUUAAGUAAUAAAUCUUACAUUGUGA